AUGGCUGGUCAUGUAAAUGGUUUACAAGCUAAAGUUAAAGAGGUUGCUCCUAAUGCAUUAUUUACACACUGCUUAGCGCAUCAUAAUUUGUUUAAUACACUUCAAAAUAAGUCAUUUGAUAUGGAAUAUUGUAAGCGACAAAUAAAUAUAGUCUAUGAUCUCGUUAGUAAUAAAAGAAAUGAAUCUGAGUUUUUAAAAGUAUUUAACAAUGCGAUAGCGUUAACAAAACGCCCUAAGGCAACAAGAAAUAUGUCUAAUCCUGAAUUAAAUUAUAAAGUAUUAUAUUAUGAAAUACUAGACAAUAUUUUACAUCAGAUAAUCACGAGAUUACAAAAUACUGAUAAAUUGAUAUUUUUACAACUGGCCGAUGUUUCAAAAUUUAAAUACUAUUCUACAAAUUUUCCUGUAAAUGCAUUUGAAAAUCUGGGAGAAUCUUAUUCUGACAUAUUUGUUAAUAAUAACAAAUUAAAAACAGAGUUAGAAGUAUUAUACAGUGAUGAAAAAUAUCAAGAUUUACAUCAUGUUUAUGAUUUAGUAAAAAUAUUUGAAAGCAGUGGAUUAAAAGUAAUUUUACCUGAAGUAUGUAAACUAUUUUCUUUAAUAUUAACUAUACCAUCAACCAGCGUAUCAGUGGAAAGGAGUUUCUCCUGUCUAAAACGUAUAAAAACAUAUUUGCGUAACAGUAUUUCCCAAAAUCGAUUGAGUUCUCUUGCUAUAAUUUCAAUUGAAAAGGAGUUAGUUGACCAACUUAAACAUACUGGAGUGUUUUAUGAUUAA